CUGUAUUUGACGACAAGAGCAGUGAUAUGACUUAGCGUUGGAUAAAGAUGAAUUUUUCUGUUUGGAGUUUUAUCAGUUUGUAUUUAUGUUUGUCUUUCAUACCAACUACAAAAGCAGUGUGUAAUGUGGAUAUAAUAAACAACUUAACGGAUGAUGCGUUCAGUGCGUCAAGUACAAAGCACAGCGCUUCGAAAAUCAAAACAAGUAAAAGUGGAUAUUGGAGCCCUGAAGUCAAUGAUACCAAAUCAUUUGUACAGAUAACAUUUCCGAGAUCCCACAAGUUUGUUUCUCUGACAAACACCGGAAGUCUAAGUUCCUUUAGUGUGUUAUCCAGCUUUGAUGGUGUUCUUUGGGAAAGUCAGAUUGCAACUUCAAUUGCGUACACUUUUUCGCCUCCUCUAUAUGGAUCUUACUUCCGGCUUAUCCCAACGUUGUGCUCAGCAGAAUGUAAAGUAAAUAUGACCCUGGAAGGAUGCGAUUGCACGACAGAAUCCAGUAUACAGACAGGUGACGUCACAUACUUAGAACCUUCAACCCUGUCUGAAAACUUCAUCUACCUGUCUUUCAAUUCUACAGAGACCGUGGAGUUUUAUGUACAGAGCUCAGGAAGUGACUUUUCAGUCCUUGCCUACCUAGAUGAUAACAGCACUGUAACAUCGUCCUUGAUAUCGGAUACGGCAACCGUCACUCUUCAUUCUUCAAAGUUUCCUGCACUAGGAACAUACUUAUUACGGACUGAAGUUCAGCCUUGUAAGGGUUCUGGAAGAAACAAGGAAUUGAUUGUUUAUCACGAGGAAGCAAUUACAGGGUUGGAUGUACAGACUACAUAUGCUUUGUUUGUACCAUUGAACGAACCUGCAGAGUUCUUCGUGUCUCUGACAACUGGGUCCAAUGUUGAAAUGGAAUGGAUGAUCAAUCAUAAUAUGACAACGUGCAUCGAUCUCCACAAAGGACAAGUCAGGGAUGUUGUAAAAAGAUUUACAUUUACCGAAAUGCGCAUGUACAACAUCACAGUUUUUGCUAGAAAUGGCGUGACAGCGAUGCACAAAAUAAUAAACGUCAUGGGAAUCAGACGUCCCUCCAACUUUCUUGUUGAGACUACACCAGCGCUGUACCAGACGAUGGAACUGUUUAACAUAAGAGUUUCAAACAACCUGACGACUACUGAAAUCGUAUCCAUGGGAAACCUGUACUUGGAAGUAUUGUAUGGAAAUGGACAGAAUGAUACCUUUCAUCUUAAUCCAUAUAUUCAAAACAUUAGUGUGGAUACUAAUGGGAAAGUAUUUGAAUGCCAAUACCUUAUACAAGGUAAUUACACUCUUUCCGCAAAAGUGAGAAAUAAUAUUGGUUUUGAUGAAUUCAACUUCACAUUUUACGCAUGGGAUGAUCUCAAUAUGACGUUAGAUUCAUCCAAAGUAGCAACUAUAGGGAUUACUACUGCUUUUACUUUCUGGAAUCCACCAAGUUCUGGAUUUCGUUAUAGCAUUGAAUACGGAGAUGGGAAUACGACGAAAACGGAUGAUACAAUAUAUUACAGCAAAUACAAUAUAUCACCCUGGGCGUAUGAAUAUACUUCUCCAGCCACAUAUAUUGUAACAAUGGUAGCCUGGAAUCCGUUCCAUGCUGUAGUACAGACAUACAACAUAAUUGGUCAAUAUCCAAUCCCAGCUAUGGAAAUUGAUCCUACAGGUGGGGAUUUUCCAAAGCAAGAUGGUCUAGCUGUUUUUAACAUUUCAAUGACUGAAAAUAAACCAUCACCAACUGAUGUAUCAUGCACAUUUGACUUCCAAGAUGAUGUGUUUUCAAACCAGUCAACAAUAUUAGUAUAUGGAACCCCUGUGACUAAAACAUAUGUAUAUCAUAUCACCUAUAAAACUUCAGAGUCAAAAACGGUCAUUUUUGAAUGUUGGAAUCUAGUAAGCAGGUGGAAACGCCAGGCCGAUAUCACCAUUAGAGAAUUUGAUAUCAGUGACAUUGUCGUCAAUCAUCCACCAGAGGUUGGAAUGAACAUGACUCUAAAAGGUAAUGCUACCGAACUGUUACCAUUUGGGGAAAUUUCAAGUAUCCCAGUAGCCAUAACAUUUAGCGCUCAGUUGUACCAAAUGAAUUACGUACCACCAAGAAUAAAAUUUGAAUGGAAUUUUGGAGAUGGUAGUACCCCAAUUCUUCUCAACAAUCCUACUUUCAACUAUACACACGAGUUUCAAGAUAGGGGUAUUUUUAAUGGAUUGCUAAAAGUAACAUACGGUUCCAAAGAAGAAGAUAUUCAAUUUACCAUCAAAAUGGGUGUUGCAAACUUUUCAGCCAAUGCAUAUGAAGGUAGCCCAGCAAAAGACACAAUCAUUUUCACUGCAAAAGAAUUAAUGGGCACCGCUACCUAUAUAUUCGAUUUAAUUACAACGCAAGUGACGUUAACGGGUUUUUCAGGAAACCCCGUUUCAACAAGCAAGAUAUAUCCAAAUCGUGGUCAAUACAUGCCGAGCUUAAAAGCAAGUAAUGGAACACUAUCUGAAAUACUUUAUUUACCUUUCCAUGUAGGCAUUGACUAUGUAUUUGAGGGAAUAAAUAUGACUGUUCCAUUCGAACUUGAACUUCCACCUGGAGGAGCACUUUUCAUUUUUGGAGUCCCAAUCGGUGCUGAUCCAGUGUUAGACAUCAGAUGUGAAUUCAUUUCUGGUGAUCGAAUUGACAAAGCCAUUCAUUCGAGGACAAAAAAUAUUACCGAUGGUAACCCAAUCAUUUAUAACUAUCAAUAUCUGACGCUUGGGUUCCAUUUUUUCCAACUUUUCUGUAAGAACUUUGCCCAUACCUAUGAAAAUUCUACAAUUAUUCUUGUUAAAAAUGAAUGCUUCUCUAUCAACGGAAUAUUUGAUCGACAAUAUUCAAAUCGAACAACCCCAAUGAUUGUUUUGACUUCAAAAGACAUAGAUCUGGCGAGCAGGAUGUUGGUGUAUUGUCCAGAAAGGGGUCCAGAUUACCAGUGGACGUAUUAUAACAUAACUGCAGAUGAUGAAACUGUAUAUGAUUACACCCCAGUUGUUAAACCAACCGGCUCUGUUCGAUUCGCGAAGGGCACGGUUCCGGCCAGUCUGUAUAAAGUCAGCCUCAAUGUCACUUUGGAUGGAACUUGGAUGCAGGAAUACACUUUCAUAAAGUUUGAAAAACCGAAACCUUACGCAUAUAUUGUACGUGGAUCAAAGUAUGUCGCUUCUUUGUCGUCAGGGGAGAUAGAGAUGGAUGCAGUUACCGAAUCGUAUGAUGUUCAGCUUGGUUACGGUUUCAAUAGUGAACUUACAUUCACCUGGUAUUGCAACAGAGAGUCAUCUACAAGCAUCAUUCAAUUGGACGAACUUUUUCAAACGAAAGGAGGAAGAGAAUAUUAUGUGACGUAUGGGCCAACCCUAAGUAGUGAUUGCAGAAGUUCUCUGUAUGCAAUAGGUGGAUCAAACAUUACCAGCAACAAUUCAUCAAGCAGCAACUCAAGCUAUUCAGGUUUAACACCGUGGUUUUCGACACACGAAACGAAUAAAAUAAGUGUAACUGGUGCUGGAAGACAAAAACUUGAUCUGUUGUAUGCAGACGUCGGUUACAUCGUUACUGUAGCUGUACAAAAAGAUGAUUUGCAGUCUUAUUUUACACAACUCAUUCAGAUUGUUUCAACCAUCCCUCAUGACAUCAACAUUGUGUGUUCUUUAAAUUGUUUGGAGAAGUACGCCGUGACGUCACCAUUUAGUGUCACUGCUAUAUGCAAUGAUUGUGGACCAGAAGUCAUAUUGAGUUAUCAAUGGAGCCUUCAACAUUAUAGCAACGGGACAUACGAGGAUGUGCCUUUUUUCAUAAACAUGACGGAUACCCCAAUCACUGACGCUUCCAUCACGAUUAAGGCGAAUCAGCUUGUUCCUGGGGAGAGAUAUACAUUGAGCAUUGAAGUUAUUUCCAACGAGAAGGACCCUACACUCGCUGUGUGGGACAUCACCGUUAACUACCCCCCAUAUAAUGGCACGUGUAAAUCAACGCCAAAAACAGGGAACGCAUCAACCAGCUCUUUUUCGAUUAAUUGCGAGAAUUGGCGAGAUGAAGGGAUCUAUCCUGAUCGCAGUGCAUCACGUGAUCCAACUUUGAACGAGCCACUCGUUUAUGAAUACGUAGCAUACAUCCCAGAAAUUGGUGGAGGAGGAAGUACGUACUAUAGUAGCACCGUUCCGCUAUUCAGAGGAAGUGAGAGUACCGCCACAGAACUACCUCUGCCUGUUGGUAGCGAGACCUUAGAUUGCAAAAUUGAGAUAGAAGUUCGGAUUUACGAUCGAUAUGGCGAUUUUGCUGUGUUUCAUAAUGAUGAUACAGAAGUUAAGGUAAUUCCGGAUAUGAGCAUGAUUCCAUCGGAUUUACAGGACACGUCGGCAUUGGACACAUUGUUUGGUGUAUUUGACCGGAAUUACACGAUUACUGAGGCUGGCGGAAAUAGUAUGGCAGUAGUGAGGCUUGUUCAAUCUACUGCCUCAAUUUACCUUGCUGCUCAUUUACAGCCAAAUGCAAUAGUAACCAGUAUGGGUGAUCUGUUUUCUGGAGCGGUGGAUCAAAGUCAGGUGAUCGAGGAUGUCCCAGUUGAGCCAGCCCAAGAAAGACUUAUCGAGAAAACGAGACUAUUUACCAACAUUCUACUAAAUGCAACAACGCAGACUCCAGCAACAAGCGACAGCCCGAUGAGUGCAGCUAAUGCUCGCCAGGUGGCGCGAAGUCUAGCUUCCUGUGUUUCUACCCCAAUGAUUGUGGACGACGCUUCAGUGGAAGCAGCAGCAGAGGGAGCUAAGAAUCUUAUGGAUAAUAUCCGCCAGGUUUCGUUCAACAAACCGUUUCCUGUGGAGGAAAUACAAAACAUACAAGACACAGCCUCUGGAGUAUUGGAAGCACUAAGCAAUCUUGUGGACAUCAUGGUUCCCACUGAAAUAUCAAACUUGGAGACAGGAGUUUCAUUAACGGAUAUUCUGUCUGACAUCGAUGAUGCUGUGUAUUAUAGCAACGGAAACACAAAUCUAGCGAAUAUGACUACUGAAGAAAAAACUGCAUUCGCUGAAUCUGUUUUAAGUUUAAAGAGAAAACAUAGAGAAAAUCAGGAAAGAAAAGCUAAAACGGCAACGAAUAUUGGUGGAAAGAUGGCAUCAGCAAUAAGAGACUCCCUCAAAGCAAAAUCUAAAAUCGUCCAGGUCGGGACUGGAACAGACAUAGUUAACACUGAUCAGGUACAGCUGUCCGUCCAGAAGGACAAAAGAGAAGAUCUAAUUAAUAAAACACUACAAAGGAGAAAUACUGGAUUGGAGCUAGAUAGUGAAACACUGAACACAUCAACGGCAAAAUCUGUGGAAGUAUGGAUGACAGAAUACAAGAAAAAUCCUUACUUUUACGCUUCUGGGUCUGAAACAAUUGGAUCAUCAUUGGUUUCAAUCCAAAUCAGAGAUGAGUCUGAAAAAGAAGUGGAUAUUCCAAAAAAUAUAAAAUUCCAAAACAUAGGGAAGACGUUUUUCAAGCCCUUUUUUCCCACCAAUAUAUCUGGAGGCGAGUACCCCAUGUUUUACUUCAUCACAGACCUAAAGGGACCGGAUGCAACUAUUGUGUAUCUCAAACCAGAUGUAUACGAUCCAUCUAGUCUUGGCGAUCAAGUUUUAUACACUGCUUUUGGACGCAUGGAUACAUACCCUGAACGUAACAUGUACGACUAUAAAACGGAUGUCAAAGUGUCGAAUUGGGAAGAUCCCUAUGGUUUUAAAAUCUUUCUUCCUGAUAAGAUAUUUCGGAAAGGGAAAUUAUAUAUUGGGCUGAGGCCAGAACAAGUAAUAGACGAGUCUCAAAAUAGCCUAAGACGAAAACGAGAGGCUAUCAAUUCUACAUCACUUCUUUUUUACCCUUCCGAUGGAAAUUUUAGCAUGGCUUUGGUGACGUCUGGAUGUAGAACAUUUGAUGAAGAAACAAAUCAGUGGGUAGAUAACGGCUGCAAGGUUUUGGAUAUUUCCACCUUUAACGAGACAGUAUGUCGAUGUUCCAAACCUCCAGGGAAUUUGUUUGCUACAACGUUUUACGUACCACCAAACAAGAUCGACUUUCAUGCUGUUUGGGGGAAAUUCGAUCCUGAAAAUGCAGCGGUUUAUGGCACUAUCGCUGGGUUACUUGUUAUAUAUGUCAUAGCAUUACUUUUCUUGAGGAGAAAAGACAAGCAAGAUGUCGUCAAGUGGAGAACACGAUUCCUGUGCGACAGUGAAAACACGGAUGCCUACUUCUACUUACUCUCAGUCCAUACGGGACUACGACGUGACGGAGGCACCAAGUCCAACGUCAGCUUCAUUAUCGGGGGUGAAGACGGGGACUCCGGUGUCCGAAUUCUCAGUGAUGGCUACACUCAUGGGUUUCCAAGUGGAAGUUUACGGACAUUUCUGGUGGGCACCAAAACGUACUUGGGUGAUUUGACAUAUUUCCGCGUCUGGCAUGACAAUUCAGGAACUGGCGAUCAGCGGUCAUGGUUUUUGUAUAAAAUAGUGUUAGACGACCUACAGAUUGGAAAGAGAUAUGUGUUUCUGUGUGACAAAUGGUUAGCCGUAGAACAAGACGAUGGCAUGGUGGAACGAAUUAUUUCGGUUACAAUGCAUGAGAAUUUAACUUCUUAUGAUCAACUUAUAUCUGAACACACCAGAUUUAAUGCCACAGAAAAUCACUUGUGGCUUUCAAUGCUUAUACGUCCACAACAAAGCAAUUUUUCACGAGUUCAGCGACUUACCUGUGCUUAUGCAUUACUCUUUCUUACUAUGGUAACAAGUUGCAUGUUUUUUAAAUCUGAUGAUGAAGUUCAGCCAAACCAAGUGGCGAUUGGAAUGAUGAAAUUUUCUUUGACAACAAUUUACGUGUCGUUCAUAAGUAUUCUAAUAACGACUGUUCCUGUUUUUAUCAUAACUUUCAUAUUUAAAAAAUCGAGAUCAAAUUAUUCUUCUAAAAAUGUAUUCAAUGGGAAAAAAACGGACAACAAGGAAGCUUUUCAUGAUGUAAAGGAAGAUAUACAGAACGAUGAAUGUGACACCGAGGACAAUUCUGUGAACUUUUACAAAGAGGAAAGAUUACCUCUGCCUCAUGGUAUGGUGUACGUUGGAUGGAUUAUUCUUAUCCUCGCCAUCGUGACCUCUGGCUUCUUUGUUAUUUUGUACAGCAUGGACUUCGGAAAAACUAAAUCAGAACAAUGGCUUUCAACGUUUGUGUUUUCCUUCUUCGAAUCCCUAUUCAUCUUGGAUCCGAUAAAUGUAGUUAUUAUGGCAGUUCUUGUGGCCCUUCUAUUCAGAAAGCCAGUUGACGGUGAAUGCCCAAAUGUUGAUUUGGACAUAAUCAAAAAUGCUGCUGAGAGACAACAACGGAAUUCUUCCAGAAUUUAUCUCACAUUUAGGCUGGAGGUGUUGACCGGUAAUGGCCCUCCAGAUGAUACAGUCCUAGAUUCACAGCGAAAACUACGUCAGAAUGAAGUGGCUGCACAGGCAGUGUUUAGGAGACUUGUGAUAUAUGCCAUCUUUGUCUUCGUUAUAUUCAGCGUUGGGUAUAUCAAUAGAGAUUCACGAUCUUACAACAUAAGGAGGAACAUUGACAAUCAGAUCUUCUAUACCACCAAAGAAACGUAUGGAUUUGAAAAUAUAAAAAGCGCCGAGCAGUAUAUAUAUUGGUUACGUCACACAUUGCUGCCUCGUUUAUUUCCUGUUUCUGACAUUCGUGGUCAAGCCAUAUCUGUCCUAGACAAGCAGUACUUCUCCGACUUCAGUCACGUGCGAGUUGGUCCGGCCAGGUUAAGUCAAAGUAGAAUGAGAGCAUCAAGUUGCGGUUAUAUAGUUGAUUCACAACAUCGAUGCAUUGACGCAUACAAUUCCAAAAAUGAAGAUACGACUAGUUAUUGCUCAGGAUGGAAACAGUUAAAUAGUUCUUGCAGUUCAUCUUUAACAUACAAAGCUUGGAAAUACACAUCGUCAAAAGAUGAUUGGGAAAUGCCAUUUGAAGGCGUAAGAAACACUUAUGCUGGUGGAGGGUAUAUUAUUCAGUUUGAGAGAGAUCUUGUUUCAUCUCAAAAUAUCAUCAAUGAAUUGGAACAAAAUCUUUGGAUUGACAGACAGACGAGAGCAGUAUUUUUGGAAUUCACACUUUAUAACCCUAAUGUGAAUCUCUUCUUCAACGGAAUCUUUUUGGCAGAGUUCCCGGAAUCCGCGGGUGUUGUAACUUGGGUUAAUCUUCAGGUCUUUAGACCAUUCCAAACGUUAGGCGCCAUUGGAACAUACUCUCUGUUGUGUUAUUUCAUUUAUAUGAUCUUUUUUAUUAUUUCAACCAGUCGAUUGAUAUAUCGCAUUUGUAAAGUAGGAUGGAGGUUCAUGAAAGACACUUGGAACCUUGUAGAUCUACUUUGUAGCGUCUUGGCAGUUAUCGGAAUCGUGUUCUGGUCGUUACGCUAUGCGUAUGCAAACGAAGCACUGGAUAGAUACUAUGAGAACAAGCUGGAUUUUAUUCAGUUUCAGCAUAUUGCAUUAUGGGACAAUGCGUUUGUUGUCGUGAUGGGAAUUCUAGUUUUCAUCGCCACCAUACGAAUACUUCAGAUAUUAGGAUACAAUCGAAGAAUGACGCAGCUAAUUGCUGUCAUUUCCGGUGCAGCGAAAGACUUAUCGGGCUUUGCCAUUGUAUUUGGCAUCAUCUAUUUUGCGUACGUAGUGACUGGGUAUCUUCUGUUUGGAAAAAUCUCUACAUCUUACCGUUCAUUGUUUGUUGCGUUUGGAAGCCUGACAAACUCUAUCAUCGGCAAAAAUCAUCUUGAUAUAUUACGUGGUUCUGGAGGGGUAACCCUCGGAGAGUUGUAUUACUUUACUUACAUAGUGAUAGUUAUUCUGGUACUGAUCUCUAUGUUUGCUGUUAUUCUGAACGUCAGCAUAUCUGUCGUAAAACAGGAGAUGCAUGGGGAAGAAAGCGUCUAUGGUAUCACUAAUGUUCUUGCCGACUCUGUUAAAGACAUCGUUGGAAUGUUUGUAAAACCCGGAAGUAAAAAUAAAUCUACCGCCUCUGAGGGUAGUGAACCAGUACGCAAGUACGAACUUCUACAGUCAAGAAAGCCCGAUUUUGACCCUCCAAACAUCGUCAAUCUUCUCCAAGACAUACUUUUACAAUAUGGAAAGGAUAGGUUUGUUAACAUGGACAAAACUAUGGGGCGGUGUGUAACGCAAGAGGACCUCACAAUCCAAGUUGACGAGGAUUCUGAUGACAAUGAUUACACCAACGACACUUUAAAUCAUGGAAACGAACUUCAAGAUAUGAUGAUCGAUGAUCGUCAUACGAAGAAAGUGCAAUCCUUUUCAGGGUACCUGUGAUAACUUGAAAACUGCUUUGAGAACUCGAGUCCUGUUCACUGCUGCUAAAAUAGUACAUUUAUUUGAUCAGAUAUUUAAUAAUGCUGCAUACAUUUGCUUAGUUAAACGAAUCUACAAUUUUCAAUGUUGAGAAAAAGUUAUACCAAUGAAUGAUCAAAUAAUUACUUCAUAUUGUGUGUAUAUAGAGAACGUGAAUUGCUUAAUAAUCUUUAAUGUAGCUCCACACUCACGUGACGUGAAAAACUAUUAAUUUCCACUUAAAAUAGUAUAAGUUAAUCAAUAACUAAAGAAAUAUACAUGUUGUCACCUUUUUAAAGACAUCAAGUAUAAGUCAACAGAAAAGAAUAUCACAUUUUCAAAUUAAAAGUGAAUUAAAACUGAUUAAAGAAGUUGGCGCUUAAGCUUUUGAACACAACUGUGCACGAUCUUAUAACUUUAUCUGUAUUUGUUCAAUAUUGAUCCCAUCGGUCCAUACAUAUUCAGCAUCUGUCACUUAACCCUAUCCAGUUGAAAAUUUUGUGUUAAUUCAAAUUGAAAGGGUUUGGCAAAGACUACAUUAUGUGGCAGAAGGAUUGUUUAAUCAAAAAGUUCUCAAUUUGCAUAAUUUUACAGUUUCUAUCUUAUCAGACAUAUGUAUAUCAUCAACUUUUAUACCCCUUGUAUUUCAAUUUUAUAAUUUAUGAUGCAAGUAGUUGAGACUUGGAAUUAAUUCAAAUGUUGUAAUUCAUUAAUUUGGUUGAUAUAUUUUUCCAAACAGACUCUAAAUUAAUUCGCGCGAAAUUUUGUAUAAAAAUCCAGCAUGUUGGCCAAUAAUUCAAAAUUUUGAUCUAUAACCCCAAUCUUUUAAAGUUCCAUUUUGAAUUUCAAGACAAGAUGUGCAAUUUUAGAAAUUAACACUAUACUAUAUUAUGAAUUCUUCCGUAUAUCAAGUGCAAAAAGGACAUUCAUUUCCUAUCUACUAGCAAUAAAACCUUUUAAUAUAUAUGUUGUUACAAGACACGGUUGUGUAUCUACUUCAUGUAAUUAUUGAUUUGUGAUGCUUAUGUUGCGAUAACACUAACAGACAAAUACGUUUAAAUGCAUAAAUCUUGAGUAACUUUUAAGUGCAAAAAGGUCAAAUUGAAAACUCUGUAGCUCAAUAACAAGCACUAUGAUCCUAGUGUUACUGUUUAUUUCCUUAAUUCUCCUUCAGUGUAGAAAUCAAAAAUACACUUCCCAAAAUUGACAAUACUACGAAACUCAAGUGCGAACCAUUUAAAUAAAUCAUAUAUAUAUUUAUUUCAACAGUUUCUAAACCCUGUUAUUGAAGCUAAUUUUGACCUAUAGGUUAUACGAUAUAUAUAAUCUAAUUUAGUUAGAUUAUAUAUCUUAAUUAGAUUACAUCGUAUAACAUAAGUCAAAAUCAGCUUCAUUCCUUAUUAUUUGAUGCUACACUGUACAAGUCUUAGUUUAUACUGAACAAAAUAUAAACAAACACCGAUAAAUAGAAAUUUCUUGCACCGUGCUUUGCUUAGCAGCAUACCGACGAAGUGUUGACCGUGAAGGCAUCCAUCUUGGCACUUCGCAUAACCGGAGCAUGUACUUUUAUUUAUCAAAUUUGAAAGCGUAAGGUGGAGUUUGCGACGAAUUUUGGAAGACAUGACGCAUUUUAUGCUUUGAUAAGCAGAUUGAACACCCCCCCCCCCCCCCCUGAAAAUAUAGUUCAAAUUGAAACAGCAAUAUUUGCAAAUACUGGAUAUACCAUUAUUUCGCAUAUGAUAUCACUGUAAUAAGUGUAUCAGAUUUUGUAUUCAAUUUUUACUGUUAGUUUCUGUAACGUUACAUUUAAGAAAUUAUACGUCUUGCUUAAAACAUCGGGGGGGGGGGGGGGGGUAUCAAACAAAAAGUAUUUUACUGUGCACGUUUAAUUCCAUUGAUUAAGGCCUAACAGCACGGGCGUUCGCAAGUAUUUGACAUUGGGGAGGCGAACUGGAUCGAAAAGGGGAAGGUGACUUAAGGUAUUCAAUGUAUAAUGACCAUAUUUCAUAUCUAGUAAAUCGAAGGUGGGGUUUUCGUAUUCAUUGUAUCAUUUUCAAGGGCUCAUCAAAUAAAAAUAACGUACCAUAGGAGUUUUCAAGAAUUUUACAUUGGGCUCACGGCGGGUAUGACCGGUCGACAGUGAUGUUUACUCCUCCUAGGCGACUGAUCCCACCUCUGGUAUAUCCAGGGGUCCAUGUUUACCCAACUCUCUAUUUUGUAAUGCUUAUAGGAGUUAUGAGAUUAAUCCCUGUUCGUUACCUUCGCCUUUUACUGAAGUCUACGGGAAGGGGAUGUUUUAUCAAAAUAUUUUCAUACAAUUCUCAAAGGAAAAAGUUACAUACACUUUCUCUUUAAGAAAAUGUGAAAUAAAAUUAAUCAAUUAUUGCACAGAAGUACGAAAGGCAGAUAACACUUCAAAAAAGGCUCGAGUCUAAAAAAGGUCUGCUUCUAUUCAUUCAACGGUGAUCUACUUCACUUUCAUCAUGAAAUUAUUUGUCAAAGUCUGAAAGACACCACCUGAUGAAAAACAAAGUUGUUAUACUGAUCUUUCAUUCAAACGUUUAAUAAGCACUAUUAAGCUAAUUAUGUAACUUUUUAAAAACAAAUAAUACUCUGUCUAAAUUAGAUAAAUUGUUUUAUUGCACUUUAAAGGCGUCCAAAAAUGAAUCUCCGUCCAUCCCGUGCUGACACAAAGUCGUUGGCGACUGCCCAAAUGUUCCAAUGGGGGAUUUAGGGGGGAUCCGGGGAUCGGAUCCCCACUCCCUUUUGUCAGAAAAUUCUGCUUAAAAAUGUAGAAAAAAAACCGCAUUUUGAGGGUGGAACUCCCCUUUGAAAACAAAAAUUAAUGGUAGAACCCCCUCUUUCAAAAAUGUCUGGAUCCGCCCUUGUGUUCAAUGCAUCUGUAGUCUCCUUGUUUAUUGUUUACACGUGCAUCAGGUACAGGUAUAAAGACACGCAUGAACAUCCCAUUUCUGCGUCUGUGUAAACAAUAACUUUCACACUUUGUCGCUACAUUGACCACAGAUCGCCGUUAUACUCGCCGCACCAAUGUGCUGAUAUCAGUGUUACAAAUUUUCUAAUUUUGUGUUUUCUUUUAAUUAUUAUUAUUAUUAUUAUUGCAAUGUAAAAGUAAAAAAAAAAAAAAAAAGUAGUGCCGUCUUAAUUGGGUUGUCAAGGGGACGUGUCCCCAUACAAAGUUACACUAUACAAUAUAAGCUAAAAUUUGACAGUGUGCUUAACCAAUCAAAUUCAAGUAAAAUUAAAUUAUAAAUAUAUGAAAAUUAAUUGUGGAUAUCAGACAUACAAUAGAGAAAUGUGAAGACGACAUACAUCUGUAGGAGUUAUUGCCCUUGACAUUCUUUUGUAUCAGUUUUUUGUUGGUUUUAGAAUAUAUAAACUUUCUCAAAAUCAAACAUUUUACAUGGUAUUUUUUAUUAUAUUAUUUCAUGCCCAGGGAAUGAAAUUCCUCAAAACGACAAAUUUGUAUGAAGCACAAAUUUUGAUAUUAAAUAAAGAUUUUGCAAAAACCUAUGACGUCACAUGAGGGUGGAGCUACCUUAAUUAGACAUGUGAAAUGCUAUUACUUGUUCUUUUUAGAAGUGUUAAAUGUAAAUGAACCUGAUUAUUUUUUCACACAUGAAAAAAUAAAAAGUCUACAAAUCAUC